AUGACAGCCACAAGACUACAACGCUAUGCAUUGUUUCUGGCUGGAUUCGAAUAUGAUAUUGAGUACAAGAAUACGAAAGAACAGUGUAAUGCAGACGAUCUAUCACUACUACCACUGCCAAUGACUGACAAGGAGGAUACAGUUGUGGAUGCUGCUGAAGUGUUUCAUGCAAGCCAGAUAAACAUUCUCCCAGUCACCAGUGAAUCAGUAGCUAAAGAAACACAGCGUGAUCCCAUAUUAGCCAGAGUUUAUGAUUCGAUAGUUAAAGGUUGGUCACCACGUUUCGAAGGAGACAAGCACUGUCUAUCAUGA